CCAAUACCACCUCAGUUCAAGAGUUAUCUUCCUCUCGAUCAGACAUCAACAACAUGCAGCGCAUCCUGUAACCGAAUAUAAACUUAAUUACCGGUGAAUAAGGCAAAUAAUCAAGCACAAUGCUGCUUAGGACGAUACAUUUGUUGUUAAUUGUUUGUUGUGCGUGGUGCUAUGAAGUGCCUCCGGCUAAAUUGGAAGCUAUUUAUCCAGCUGGCUUGCGAGUGUCAAUACCCGACGAUGGCUUCUCGCUAUUCGCCUUCCACGGCAAGUUGAACGAGGAGAUGGAGGGCCUGGAGGCGGGCCACUGGUCCAGAGACAUCACCAGACCCAAGAACAACCGCUGGGUCUUCAGCGACAAACAGGCCAGGCUCAAGAUAGGGGAUAAAGUGUACUUCUGGACGUUUGUUAUCAAGAACGGACUGGGGUACAGACAGGAUGACGGGGUGUGGACUGUUGAAGGAUUCGUCGACGUCGAAGGCAACCCGGUUGACCCAGCGAACGGACAACCCGUCUCAGCGCCGACCAGACCUCCAGCCCAACCAAGCCGGGUGCCAAAUGUCCCCAUGCCGUGUGACAUCUCGGUCAGCACGGCAUCAGUGCCAGGGUACAUCUGCAAGGGACAGCUGCUCUUUGAAGACAACUUCAACGGGGCUCUGGAGAAGGGGAAGAUUUGGACGCCGGAAAUUUUGAUGCCGGAUGAACCGGAUUACCCUUUCAACAUCUACCUGAACGACAGGAACCUGCGCGUGAGGGACGGCCGGCUGUCCAUCAAGCCCAUCACGCUCGAGUCCAAGUACGGGGAGGAGUUCCUGGCCAAACUGGACUUGUCUGCCAGGUGUACUGGCAACGUAGGCACAACUCAAUGCAGCCGAGAAUCCAUCGGUGCCCAGAUCAUUCCCCCAAUAAUUACAGCCAAGGUUACUACCAAGAACAAGUUCAGCUUCAAGUAUGGAAGGAUUGAGGUUAGCGCCAGAAUGCCGCGCGGGGAUUGGUUGAUUCCAGAUAUUCUGCUGGAGCCGAAAGAAAACCUCUACGGAGUGCGAAAUUACGCAUCAGGUCUGCUUAGCAUAGCCUCAGUCAGAGGAAACACUGCUUACUCGAAGACCCUCAAAGGAGGCCCCAUACUGUGUGACAAGGAACCCCAAAGAAGUGCCAAGUUAAGCGAGAAAGUUGGCUACGACCAUUGGAAUAAAGCCUUCCAUAACUACACCAUGAUUUGGGCACCAAGUGGCAUCACAAUGCUAGUAGACGGCGAGCAGUACGGCGACAUCCGGCCCGGCGACGGCUUCAGCCAGGACCCGGCGGUGAGCGGCGUGGUGGCGGCCCCGCAGUGGCUGAAGGGCACCAGCAUGGCGCCCUUUGAUGUUAUGUUCUACAUAUCCCUUGGUCUCCGCGUGGGAGGAGUGAACGACUUCCCUGACACUCCUGAGAAGCCUUGGAAGAACAAGGCCACUAAAGCCAUGCUCAACUUUUGGAACGCCCGGGAACAGUGGCAGAGCAGCUGGUUUGAGGACACCACUGCACUCCUCAUAGACUAUGUCAGGGUUUAUGCGUUGUGAUGUAGCUGAAAAGUCUGUUAAAAUCGCUAGUCACACCACCAGCUAGCUUGCGAAGCUAGAAAAAAAACAUCGUUUCACCCCUUUACAUAAGUACUUUGGUCCACAUCGAUCGGUUCCGACUACCCUCGCUAGCUUAGACAGCUAGUUGAGCUAACUGGUGGUGUGGCCUGCGCUUUAGGGUGAAAUGUUAUCCAUGGUUGACGAUACGACUCACUAUCGUUUUAGAAAAAUCGACCUAUACGUAACUACUUUAUUGUAAGUAAAGACUAUAAAAUAAAAACUUU